GAAGGGGGGGGGGGAUCUCAGGCAUGGUUUUAAUAAGGAGCAGCACCUCUCCCCAUUUUAAUCUGCCAUGGAAGCCAAACACAAGAUGUUUCCAUGCUGUGAAAUGGGGGUGUUGGUGACUACCCUCCUGCUUAAUGGUGUCGCUGUCUCAACCACUGAAGGUCUGUUUGGGAAAGCCCUGGUGUUUCCCUAUGAGACGGACGACAGCUACGUCAAACUGACACCCCAGAAGCCCCUGGAGCUCAAAGCCUUUACACUCUGCAUGAAGCUGGCCACGGAGCUGAAAGGCGAGAGAGAGGUCAUCCUCUUUGCGUACCGCACCAAAUACUUUGACGAACUGAACGUCUGGCGAGAGGCGGAUGGGCGCUAUUCCUUCUACCUGAGUGGAGAGGGGGUGUUUUUUGACUUACCGCCACUGAACACGUUCAAGACCCACAUGUGCAUCACGUGGGAAUCCACCACGGGUCUGUCUGCGUUCUGGGUGGACGGCAAGCGGAGCGUUCGGAAGGUGUACAAAUUGGGACACACGAUUCAACCCGAGGGUACCGUCAUUCUAGGACAGGACCCUGAUAAUUAUUUGGGGAAAUUUGAUUCUGCUCAGAGUUUUGUUGGUGAAAUUUCCCAUGUUAAUAUGUGGGACUAUGUCCUGCCUGAAAGUCAGAUUAAGGCAUUGCAUUCAGAUGACAUCCUCACUGUGUCCACAGGUAACAUUUUUGAUUGGGUGUCAGUUGAGUACGAGAUUCAUGGGAAGGUACUUGUUGCCUCUGCAGACUAAAAUCAUCUGAUUCUGUGUGACAGUGCUUUUGAAACAUGCACUUCAUCAGUAAAUGCCAUGUGCUGUGAUACUGUAUACGUAUACACACUGGCAGACUGUCAGUCAUCAGGGUAUUCUCUGCUAGCCCAACCAAAACUGUAAUUAUUUUGAUUUCAUAAACAGCCAAUUUUAUAGGAAUUUAUAUGAUUUCCUUUUCAUGUUAUUGGACCAUUACUUCCUUAAGAACAUUAACAUCUGUGCCUUCUGACCUCAUGUAAGCACACAGAAUGAAGGUACAACUUCACACAUCAACAGAAUAAAGCCCCAAACGUGGGUUAUUUCACAUUUUCUCCUUUUUCCUGUUGAUUUUGUCAUCACAAAUUCUCCAGUCCCGCAAUCAAUAAUACUCUCCAUUGGACAUUUAGGUGCUUCUUCCAAUAAUGACAUCUGAUCAAAGUGGCCAAUUGCAGGAUACUCAGGCAAAAUAGACAUAAGGAAAUGCACAUGUGAUGCUAUUUCAGCCAAUAGAACAUGUUUUUUAAAAAACCUUUGUUUGCCAUUUUUGUUUUGUGUGGAAGCUAGCCUGUUUGUUUAUUAAGAAUUGCCAACAAAUUAAAAUAUUUCCUUGAAA